AGUUAGUUGGCAUGCAAACAGUCGAUUUUGAGAAUAGUCACUGAUCAAUGACUAGGAACGACGCGGAUUUAGCAUAUCGAAAGCGGAGAGAUCAGAUCGGGUGUGACGAAAAAAAGACACUAGUGCAGCUUUCUUUAGCAGUGCAGUACUUAAAGAAUCAACAUGGCCGACCCUGAAAAGCAACCCCAACCAACUCCUCAGCAGUCAUCUGGAAGCGGCACCGUCUUGAUGAACAUGACCUAUUUGAGAUCACCAAGAGGAAUCUUGAAAAUCAUAGAAUUUUUUCUUCUCAUGAUUGCCUUCUCUUGCGCUGCUGAUGUUUGCGGUAGUGUUUGUAGGUCCAGCGUCUACAAAUAUUCCAGUGAAUACAAUUUCUUUCUCUUUGCUACUGUUUUUCCUUGGCUUCUAUGCAUAAUCAUCUUCGUCUUGUUCUUCUUCUGCUUGGUUGACAAAAUCAAAAUCAACUGGAACUUCGUGAUUCUGAUUACCACUGUAAUCUUGGCUUUUGUGCUUCUUAUCGCUGCUUCUCUGUGGGCCAACUCUGUCGACAAACACCGAAAACAAAUAGAGGCUUACAAUAAGCUACUAGGGACAAAAGCUAAACUAGACGGGARAUUCUACGCAUCUGUGGCGUUUGCCUUUUUUGCCCUAGUCGCUUUUAUURUCGACAUUGUCUUCCUCUUUCAAGCUUGGCGAGGCUGAAUGGACACAGCUUGUUAAAGACUGUUGUCUCCGAAGAUAUCAUAACACCUAAUCAAGUUAGAUCGUAAAGAAUUGUGGGGGAUGAGGUGAUGUUAGACAAGUAACCCUCAGUAGUCUCUAACUGCAAUGUAACUUUUUAAAACAUUCAACCCGUGCAAAAAAAGUAAAUAUGUAAUAAAAUAAUAAUAAAGUGAAUAAACUUAGAGUGAAGUCAAAAAACCCGUGAAAAACCCGUGAAAUAGAUAUUACACCAAUGCACUUGGUUGCGCAAAACCGCACGUUGUAAAAAAAUCCCUUGUUUUCAGUUAUGUUUUUUGUGAAYACUCUUUAUCUAACCUAGGCCUUUUAUCAAUUUUAGAAUUGUAAUGUCAUACUGUAAUUCAGCCUCUGGCUGCAAAGGUUUUUCAAAUAAAGUAUCUAACUUUA